AUGGAGUUGCAUCCCUUUUCGGGCCGUGAUGUGCCCAUCUCUAAUGGCUCGGGUUUCCUGGUGUCUCCGGAUGGGCUCAUUGUGACCAACGCACAUGUGGUGGCCAACCGGCGGCGUGUGCGGGUGAAGCUGGCCAGUGGCGAGCAGUAUGAUGCUGUGGUGCAGGACGUGGACCAGGUUGCAGACAUCGCCACCAUCAGGAUCAAGCCUAAGCACCCGCUGCCCACCCUGCCCCUUGGGCGCUCCUCCGAGGUGCGGCAGGGAGAGUUCGUGGUGGCCAUGGGCAGCCCGUUCGCCCUGCAGAACACCAUCACCUCCGGCAUCGUCAGCUCUGCCCAGCGGGGCAGCCGGGAGCUGGGCCUGACCGCCUCUGACAUGGAGUACAUCCAGACUGAUGCUGCUAUUGAUUUCGGGAACUCUGGGGGCCCCCUCGUCAACCUGGAUGGUGAAGUGAUUGGAGUGAACACUAUGAAAGUGACAUCAGGCAUCUCUUUUGCCAUCCCCUCAGACCGUCUGCGGAAGUUCCUGCAAAAGGAGGAGCAGCGCAAAAGCUCUUGGUUUGGCAAUACAGAGACAAAGCGCCGUUACAUAGGGGUGAUGAUGCUGACUCUUACACCAAGCAUCCUGGCUGAGCUGAAGCUGCGUGACCCCAGCUUCCCUGACGUCUCCUACGGAGUGCUAAUCCACAAGGUGAUCAUUGGCUCCCCAGCCCAUCAGGCAGGGUUGAAGGCAGGUGACGUCGUGCUGGAGAUCAACGGGCAGGCAUCGCGCCGCGCGGAGGAUGUAUACGAGGCAGUACGGACGCAGCAGAGCCUGACCUUGCUGGUGCGGCGUGGUUACGACACUUUGCUGGUGAGCGUUGUCCCCGAGGUCACGGAGUAGCGGUGCUGUCGUGCAGCCCACUGUGGGCGCUGGCUGGCAGUGCUGGCUGAGAGCCGAGGACGCAGGACUGAGCUAUGUCUGUGCGCCAGUCAGGGAGAGACUGAGAGCUUGUGAGGGACUGGAAGGGGCCAGGCAGGGGGGCCUGGCCUGGUGCUUGGGUGGACUCGUGGUGCAACCGUUCCCCCCUACUCAAAUAAAGCACUUUUCUAGG